UAUCCCCCUCCCCCACUCCUUUUUUCCCCCAGAUCUAAGGCUGUUAGAGAUGACGCUGGUUCUGUCCAUGAAUAGAUUCUGCGAGCCCAUUGUCUCAGAAGGAGCUGCUGAAAUUGCCGGGUACCAAACACUAUGGGAGGCUGACAGCUACGGAGGUGUGAGCCCCCCAGGGCCAGCACAGAUUCCUUCUCAGGGAGACCGGGGAGCCAGCUCACAACUGGCAGGAUCACAUUACAGGGGAAUUCCAAAUCCUAUAAGCACACACAAGGUCACAUACUUCAAGAGGAAAUAUGCAGAAGAAGAGGAUCCUCACCCACCAGUCAGCAGCUGCAGUCAUAAAACCAUCUCUGUUUUUGAGGAGCGAGCACACAUCCUUUACAUGUCCUUGGAGAAGCUCAGGUUCAUCGAUGACCCAGAGGUGUACCUGCGAAGGUCUGUUCUCAUCAACAACCUGAUGAAGAGGAUCCAUGGGGAGAUUGUCAUGCAGAACAGCUGGUGCCUCCCUGCCUGCUCCCUCAGCGGCACCUCCGCCCAAGAGUGGUUCCUGGCUCAAGACUGUCCUUACCGGAAACGGCCCCGGGUGGCCAAGGAAGAGUGGGAAAAGAUCCACACUUGCUGUUUUUACCAGGAGUGUGGUGGUCACUGCCUGAACCUACCCCUCUCUGUCAACACCAGUGUUGGAAACGCUUCGGCUGCUGCUGUGGCUUCAUCUGCUUCUUCCUCCCCAUCCACCUCUUCUCCAUCCACCCCAUCCUCCCCGUCCUCCUCUUCCUCCUCCUCCUCCUCCUCUUCCCCUCUGCCUUUGCCUAGUUGCUCCCACCAUGUGGACUUUGACAUAGGCAGUGCACCUAUUUACAAGAGCCAAAUACCUGCCAACGAAAUCUUUGUCACUAACAUUAGGUCGCUUGGUGUCCAGGAAAAGAUCAGAUUCAACAAUGACGGGAAACUAGCUCACGAAGCCAGCAGAGAUGGAGACGCCCUCGGCCAAGACCCUGUGGGAAGCGACCUUGAUUUUGAGUGCAAAGGCCAAUUUUACGAUUAUUUCGAGACGGGGUAUAAUGAGAGAAACCGUGCGAGUGAAUCUUGGAAAAAGUCGUUGAGGAAAAAGGAGCUUUCCCCGAGCAACAAACUGUGCUGCAGCCGAGGGGGCAAAAUGUGACUGUCCCCCAUGGGCGCAGAAGCUCGCACAGCAUGACCAGUUUUUACUUUGGAUUUUGUAGUUUUUGUACAACCGAUAAAAUCAUGCAGUAAACACCAUGCUGGGCUGCUUCACUGCCUAGAGAGCAGAUUGCACAAAACAUCUGUACAGUAGGCACCCACAAGCCACUUAUUAAUGUGAUUUUUUGCCAAGGAAAGCCAACUUCGUGUUUCAAAGUAUAUCUUAGUUUUUCUUUUCUUUAAAAAAAAAAAAUCAGUAGAGUAGAUAGAAGACAACAUGCCCUUGUUACAUUCCCACUGCCCCUCCAAGGAGCCUGCCGCUAGCCAAGUUCAACAUGUUUGCCAGUUAAUUAGGUAGUUACUUGGUAAACAGAUCAAUAUAGCCAGCAGAGGUGCCUGCUGCCAUGUGAUACAGUAUUUUUCUUUCCGGAGUAAAAGACUCAAGGCAGGACGCUAGAUGAAGUGGUUUUGUGAGCUGUGACAUGUUUGUACUGGACAGGUUGGGGCGACAUGAAGAGCACCUGGCAGGACAGCAGUCUAGGAUCUGUGGAGACAGUUCCCUACAAGCUCCUGGCUUGCCUGUGAUAGGUAGUGGGUAGCUGGAGAGGUGGCAUACAGGGCCAUCUCUGAUGGGGCGAUAGCGAGGUGGCAUAUAGAGCCAUCUCUGAUGGGGUGAUAGGUGGUGGUACAGGGCCAUCUUUAAUGGAGUGGCUAGAGAGGUGGCAUAUGGGGCCAUCUUAGUGGUGGGGUGAUAGGUGGUGGUACAGGGCCAUCUUGGGUGCCUUACUUUAUCUUAAUUUUUGCCAGUGUGAAAAUUAAGGCUGAAUGAGAGUUGCAGCAGGGAUUUGACAAAACACAGGGUGGAUCCAUGCAGUUUGGAAACUUAACUAUGAACUAUCUCGUUCAACUUUCUAGUUACCCUCCCCCUUUUUCCUUUGUUUAUGACGCCCAGUGGCUGUGGGUCUGAUACUUUUGGGUAGAGAUGGAGAAAACAAUGAGGAAGGCCAUCAGGAACAGAGAAGGCUGCCUGGGUUCUCCAUGGCAACGAGCAGUUGCUGGGUCUGGGCUCUCCCAGCUUUGGGCUGUUUUGUUUCCUUGUCCAGUGACAUUCACAGCCCGUGGCAUGCGUUAUAUUUUGACCUGUUUUUUGCAUCAUUUCAUGCGUUUAGACUCUUAAGAGCAUGUGGUUUCUAUAUAUGACUUUCGCUGUUGAUUGAGAAGCACAAUGUUAAUAGAUUAUGUGGUGAUCAAUACGUUUUUAUCUUAAAGAAUGUAAAGGUUUGUAGUUUGCGGAACGUUAUUUUGGAGAAAUGGGGCUCGCUCGUCAUUGAUACUGUGUAUUUGGCCAACACGCUAUACAAUAAUACCUUGAAUUUGCACAUUGGCAAGUGUCCUCAGUGGUACUCUGGAACAGUCUCACCAGCUCCUCAUGAACCACUCCCAUCUCCAAGGUCAAGGAUUGGCCUGGGUGACUUGGGUCUAUUAGAACAAUUAUUUACAGGAACCAAAUGCCAAAAGGAAGAAAUAGGUAAGUUCUCCCACUUUCUCCAAGAUGAAGCUUUUUAAUCAUUGCUAUUAAUAUUAAAUAGGUCUCAUUCAUACAGUGUAUGAGUAGAUCGUUUGGGCAAUUGUCCGCAAGGACCAAUUUUUAAAAGAUGUUCCUGUGUUCUGGCUGAAUAGUCUAGUAAUGUCUCGUCCUUUAUUUUCAAUAUUUGAUGGACAUUUUGGUGUUGAAAAUUUAGCCGAUAGAUGCUUGUAUAUGACUGUGUUGUAAUAUAGUGAGGUUUUCUUGACAUAUAUUUAUUAAAACGAUCAAAACUCA